AUGGACGGCCGCGGCGACCCCUGGGGUGGCAACAACCCCGCGUUUACGAGGAAGGUCUUGCAUACGAAGAUGAUGCCGAAGGGUCUCCCUUACAUGAUGCAAAUGGUGACGCCGCAGGGGAUGUAUCCGAAGGGGGGUAACGCGUCGAACAUGAUGAUGCCUCCGGGCGGCAAAACUGCACCGAUGCCGCCUUCUCGCAUGCCGCUCUACCCGGAGUCCGUCGGACACAUGCCAAAGAUGCUAGGGAAGCUCGGGCCAGGGUACAUGCCCACCUCCAUGCAGAUGGACCCCCGCGGCGUGAUGCCGCAGGACCGCAUGCCCAACCUCCCGGCGCACAUGUCGUACCGUGGCAGCACCGGCAACUCCCCUGUGGGAAUGGCGCACCAGCGCGUUCCGCCCCGGCAGCUGCAACCUGGGCCUGGCGCCAUGGCGCACGUGCCGUCCCCCACGUCCGUGGGCCACGGUAUAAUGGCGCCUGGCAUGCACCCCGGCAUGUCGCCCAGGGGCAUGGCGCCGAACAUGUCGCCGUCGUCGAUGGGCCAGAACCACCAGGCGCCUGCGGCCAUGCCCAGCAACGUGUCGCCGAAGAACCUGCAGCGGUACACCCCCGACCCGAGGCACCCGCACGCCGUCACGAUGGGAAAUACCGGCCGCGGUACGGCAUCGCCGCAUUACGCGUCGCAGAUGAUGGGCCCGCCGAAGAUGGGCCCCAUGGCCAUGCCUAUGGGGGGUAUGAAGGUGCAGCCCGGCCCGGCCAGCGGUAUGGGUUUCAUGCAGGUGCCCCCCCCAGGAAGUCCUCACAUGGUCAUGUCCAACCGCCGGCCCAACAUGAUGAUGGCGAAGCCUAGGAUGCCUAUGGACAUGGGCCCGGGCUCUCACAUGAAAAGCCCGUCCCCCGUGUCAGGAGUGAAUUUCCCCGUUGUUGCGGCGCAACCGAGUGGGUUCCCCCGGCCAACGAGCCAGCCGCCGAAACCUACACGAACUCCGCCCAAGCGUACCGGCGAAUCUCGUGCAGACCGUUCGAUUGGUACGCCGCAGUCGGGUAGCUCGGACGGUGCGUUGGCCCUGCCCAAGGACGUUCCAAUGGUCGAUAGCGACGCUGCCGAAAAGAGGGCAUCGCAGAUUAUCGAGCAGAUGGAAAAGUGUUUGUUGGAACUUUUGUCAGAGCAGCUGAAGAAGGCCGAGGGCCUGUAUGGCAAGACAUUCACGGUGGACGAGUCGGAGGUGACCUCGGCUUUGAUAAAAGGGUUCCUGCCAAUACUGGGCGCGCUUUGGCGAGAAAUAAAAGAAUCACACAAGUACAGCUUAGAUGAGCUGUACCUGGAGUUAAACAACCCAGAUGCAGCUGAUAAAUGUGGUGUGGUCGUGAAUCGAGAGUUGCGUAGCCUCGAGGAGUAUUAUCGUACCAAGCGUGACAUCGAGAAGGUCUUAAAUAUGUAUCGCAGCCGUACCAAACCGGCAAAUAAGGACAAUAACAACGCAAAUGCAGCAGAAGACCAGGCUGCGACGGCGGCCACCCGUGCGCAGGAGUACGCGGAGGUGGGCUACAACCAGCGGCACUUGGUACAGAAGAUUACCGCCUUAGACUAUCGCAAUGCGCUGGCGGGCGACAGGUGCAAGUCCAUGAUGCCUGAGAGCUUUCGCGUGCAGCAGAUAAAGAUGGCGUCGAGUCUGCACUUCGACAUCCGGACCCCGCCGCAAUGCAUCUCUCCCCCACCUGAGGCGGCCGACAGCAACGCCGCGGAAAUCGCACUCUCCAAAUGUGCAAACAGCAUGGACACUUCUCAGUUCCCUUCUAUUGCGCUGAAGCUGUUGGACAGGUCGAAGCACAACCGCAUGGAUAAGGGGGGAGAUGUGCCGAUGUUGCCGAUGGACAUGCGCUAUGCCAAGACCCCCGGCAUGGCGCUUCCGCCUGAGGUGAUGAUGCAGAUGCCUGCUGUCAAACCAGGUUUCGCCGGCAUGCCUAUGCACUUCCCUAAGGGCAUGAACUUCCCGAUGAUGCAGAUGGCAGGCAUGAUGCCCAUGGGUCCCGGCGUGCCUCCGGGAAUGCCGGCACAGUUCGGUCACAUGGGCAUGGGCGGCGUGCCUGGCAAGCAAGUCGUCGCGCCUGUUAAAACUCCGACGGGCAAACAGCCGGCUGGUGUGCCCAAUAUGCAAGGGAAGCACGGCGGUGUCGGCCCCCAGAACAUCCCCGGACAGCCUGGCGGCCUUAACGCCCCGGGCGUUCCUCCUCGGCAGGGCAGUAUGGGCAUACAGAUGCCCCCUACUCAGUUGGGCGCGAAGAGUUUCCAAGGUCUGCAUGGGAAGCAGAACGCCAUGAUGAUGCAGGGUCAGCCUUCGCAGCUCGGCCCGAUGGGUUUCCAGGGAGCCCCCGGCAAGCAGGUGCCAAAAGGCAUGCACGGACCACCUGGCAAACAUGGUCAUCUUGGAAAACAUUUCAUUCCGCUCAUGCCUGGUCCUCAGGGGAAGCACGGGCCGUUGAUGCCUCAGAUGUCUGGGGUGAAGCCCGGCCCCCCCAAGCCGCCGAUACACAUGGGAAUGAAGGCUCACAGUCAACAAGUUGGAGCGCCCAUGCCGCCGCCGACUAUGCAUCCCAUGAUGCUGAAGCACCCUCCCCCUGUCUUCGGCAGCAAGUAUAACUGA